UGGUGAUUAUUCCUGAUGAUGAGAUUCCCGAAACAACCACUCAGGACCUUUUGAAUCUGAGUUCCACACGUAAGUCAAAACAUAAAAUUGUGAAUGUUUCAUGCUGUAAAAGUCCUUCAUACGUGAAUAUAACAUUGUUUGUAUCAUAUUCAGAAUUUGAGGGAAACGUGUCUAACAGUGAUUACGACGGAGAUAUUUCAGAUACGAGUGCUACAAUAGAAGACCAAGAGGAAAUCAUCUCGGAAACCGACAUUCAACAAGACAUCGAACUACAACAGAUCUGCGCAGUGUGGCGUGAAUUCUUCGAAGCAAAGACUGAUUUAUUGGAAAACUUUGGACAGAUUGAUUAUACACUUGAAUCUGGUCGAGGUACAGAUUUUAUCCCAUUACUGUACAGCACGCUUGAAAAUGUGAAUAGAUGUCUCUCAGUGAGCAUAAAGUUGAUUAGAAAAUUGUAUGAUAGAUAUGGCGCAGAAACGACUGAAAUGCAGUUCGGAUAUGGAGAUUAAAAAAAAGAGAACCGAAAAUUCUCCAUUAUCGCAUGAUUUCUUUUAUGACGGAAACCAGAGUUUUUCAAAUGAUUCGCACACACCCCUGAACCCAUAUUUAACUGAAGCGAUCAACAGGCUGAACGAAAGUUUAAUACCGUCACACCAAGUCGUUAGUGAGAGACCUAAUCAGAGUCCAAAUCACGUCGUAUCAAACACAACGGUAACGCCGAUUAAUAUAUUUUCUGAAUUAAAUCAAUGUCUGUUAGAGUUACAUAAUAACCUAAAUGAACACGGUCAUUCAGUACAAAUAAACCCUGAUCUAAUCGAUGCAGUCAAUCAGUUGAAUGAAAAUUUAAGAUCGUCAGAACAGAACAAUACUCAAAAUGAAAACCCCAGACGAAUUUCCAGUCAAACUGUAUCAAGUACGCCGGUCACGUCGCACGACAUAUUUUUCGAAUUAAAUCAAUGUCUGUUAGAGUUACAAAAUAACCUAAUCGAACAAAGAGAAUCUUUGCAGAUAAAUCCAUGUUUAAUAGACGUGGUGAAUCAAAUCAAUGAAAAUAUGUCAUUACCUCCCGUUCAGAAUAUCGUCUCGACUCCAGAAAACGCUCAGGAACCUAGUCCGUUAUCUUCUCAUGAUAUGAUACACGAACUUAAUCAAAGUCUUAUGAGGAUAAAUGACGGUCUUGUUAACUUAAUCGAAAACCCUGACAAUAUUGCACAAAAUUCGGAAAACGAUAAUGAACGCAACCGCCCAAUGGAAAACAUACACUCACCUAAUACCCAAGAUUCUCAAAUGGAAAACACACAUUCGCCCGAUACCCAAGAUUCUCAGAUGGAAAACUCGCCCGAUAUCCAAGUAGAGCAAGAGGGUGAUGGAUUAGAUCCUAAUAUUAGAAUAAUUAAUAGGGAAAGAUUCAACAACACUGAGAUUAGGAGAAGAGUGAAUUUUUCUUCUAUCGCGAACGUUGACAGCUUUGCAGAUUUUUAUAAUUAUGUUUUAGAGAUUUUAAACAGCGCGAUUGAAAUCGCUAACAAUUUAAUUUCUGCCAAGGAUGUAGUCACCGUUGAAAUUAGAGGUGAUACGAUCAAUGUUUCAUCACGCGUUCAAUUAGACAAUGGUGUCAUCGAUUUAGGUUCUUUUCUGACCAUGCUCGAAAAUGCAAUUCAGAGUAAACGUGAAAUUUUUACCGAUAAUACCCUUGAAAUAGUCGUCCAAAUCGUUCGACCACCUCGGGGCGGUGGAAUUAGAAGGAAAAUAGGCCAUAUAUUCAAAUCAGAAACCUUGCAGAAGAAAAUGCAGCAUCUAUACAUUUUUCACAACAGAGACAACAUGUGCUUCGCCUUGUGUGCUAGCCAACUUUUGAAUCGUGAAAAAAAUGAUUUUGAAACCGAACAAAUCGCUAGAAAAUUACAACACGAUGUGGGAUUAUCCGUAAACACCGCGGUCAGCUUCGCUGACGUACCAAGAUUUGAGAGACAUUUGAAUUGCAAAAUCGUAAUCGUACACUGUUCUGCUAGCAAAGCCGGAUACUCUUUCUUUCAAACUAGCAAGACUCCCCACGAAAAAACCAUUUACUUGUUUUUACAUGACAACCACUAUUACGGGGUUAAAAGUAUCAACGGACUUUUAGGAACGAGUCAUGUUUGUCAUUUCUGCCAUUCGGGGUUUGACGUUUUAUGGAAGCAUAAAUGUGCUUAUAGCUGCAACGUUUGUCACGACCCCGAUUGUUACAAACACCCUAAGAAUGUUACUAAAUGUCCAGAGUGUCAGAGACUGUGUAGCUCCCAAUACUGUUUCGAGAGGCAUAAAGCAAAGAUUCAAUCGCACAAAGGCGAAUAUUCUAUGUGUGAAACGGGAUUCUACUGUGGUAAAUGUAAACGUGUGAUAAGGGAUAAUCCUUCUAAUCGAGAGAAUCACGUAUGUGCCCAUUCGAAAUGCAUACUCUGUGGCCAAAAACUCGAUGAGGAUAUCGAGCAUAGAUGUUUUAUACAGAGGGCCAGGAAAGAAAGCGAAAAUACGGAUUAUGUGUUUUACGAUUUCGAGACUAGGCAGGAAACAGGAACACAUGUAGCUAAUUUCAUAUGCUGUAUUGAUUUUAAGGGUGAGGAGUGGGUGGCUGAAGGGGAUGAUUGCGUCAGUGCCUUCUUUAAAAAGUUUCGGUGUAAUGCAUACCACGGAUACAAGUUUAUAGCCCAUAACGCUAGAGGGUUCGAUUCAUACCUUCUGUUAAACCAUUUAGUGAAAGAAGGAAUCACACCCGAAAUCAUAGCACAAGGCGGUAAAAUUUUGUGUUUCAUCGAUACCGCGUUUCGUCAGUCCUACAUUGAUAGUCUAUCGUUCUUACCCAUGAAAUUGAGUAGCAUCCCAAAAGCCAUGGGUUUUUCGGAAAGCAAGAAAGGCUAUUUUCCCCAUUUCUGGAACACCGUAGAACAUCAGGAUUACGUAGGGCCGUAUCCUGACCCUAAGUUUUACGGUGUAGAUGGCAUGAUGCCUAAGGAUAGAGAAGAAUUCUUUAAGUGGUACAGAACGGUUUCUGACAAAGUGUUUGAUUUCAAGAAAGAGAUGGCGGAAUACCGUGUGAACGAUGUAGAAAUUUUGAGAAAGGGUUGUAUAGCUUUCAGACAAGAAAUUCUGGAUAGUACAAAGGUCGAUCCUUUUAAAUGCAUAACGAUCGCAUCUGUGUGCAUGAAAAUCUUUAGAACCAACUUCCUGCGUAAAGACACUUUAGCUAUUCCGCCUCUUGAUAAUUACAUCACCACUCAGAAAUCUUUCUCAACACCUUCCAUACAAUGGCUCGAAUAUGUUUCAAAAACGCAAAACCUACCCAUUCGCCACGCGUUGAACGAAGGUGAAGUCAGGUUCGGUAACUAUUACGUAGAUGGUUACUGUGAGGAAGGGGAAAACCGUAAGGUUUUUGAGUUUCUUGGGUGUUUUUAUCACGGCUGUGAAAAGUGUUUUCCCUCAAUGACCCCGCAUCCUCUUACCAAAUCAAACGCAACCUUCGGAGAUAUCUGUCAAAAAUCGAUGGAGAGAAUUAAGAAUUUGCAAGACACUCUCAAUUUGCAAGUCACUCUGAUGUGGGAACACGAGUGGAAUGAAAUGAAGAAAAACGACAAUCUCGUGCAAAAUUUUCUAAAAGACUUUGACUUUCCUGAGCGUUUAAACCCUCGAGAUGCUCUUUACGGCGGUCGAACAAACGCGUUAAACUUGCAUUAUGUAGCUCAACCCGGUGAGAGAAUCUCUUAA